UGUGAGAACGGGAGUCGAAUGAGACCGUGGUGGUCGAGCAUAAAUGACUGAUCGUCCGAGCAAAAGAGUCCCGUGUUGACGUUGUUGGAUAACGAUGAGGAACAAAGGGAGAUCGAGUGAUUAUUGUCGGUUGGCCUUUAAAUUGUGUUUGCUGGGGGUUUUCGGACGGCAGGCUCUGGCCGAACUGAGGUACUCUGUUCCCGAGGAGGUGACAGAGGGAACCGUUGUUGGGAAUGUUGCCAAGGAUCUUGGUCUGGACAGAACGUCUCUGGCUGAUCGACGUUUCCGUGUCGUGUCUGGAUCUAAGGAUACGUUUUUUGAGGUAAACCCGGACAGCGGUGCUUUACAGGUCCAGAAGAAGAUCGACAGGGAGGAGCUCUGUCGCGGCAGCGGUGACUGCCGAAUGGAGCUGAAAAUCUUAGUCGAAAAUCCUUUGGAAAUGCACCAUGUCGUUAUAGAAAUUACGGAUGUGAAUGAUAACGCACCGAGGUUUUCUGAAAAGAUUCAGACAUUUGAAAUUGGAGAGCAAUCAUCUCCGGGAACGAGAUUCGAACUCCACGCGGCCCGUGAUCCGGAUGCUGGAAUAAAUUCCAUCCGCACAUAUACAUUAACAUCGAAUGAGCACUUUGAAAUAGAAAUCAGUCAAAGCGAUGAGGAUAAAAUACCAUUUUUAGUGCUGAAGAAGUCGUUAGACAGAGAACAAAAGGAUAAACACUUGUUAAAUGUAACAGCAGUUGACGGAGGUAAACCUCCGAGAUCAGGAACACUGAAUGUCUCCAUCAUCGUUCUUGAUAGUAAUGACAAUCGUCCGAUGUUCAGUCAGGAUACGUAUCAAAUAGAAAUAUAUGAAAACGCUCAAAUUGACGCUGCGGUGACAAAAGUGAAUGCAACAGAUCCAGACGAAGGGACAAAUGGGGAGAUAGAGUACAGCUUCAGCAAAACGUUAGCACGUAAAGUCUACGAGGUGUUUGAAUUGGAUCGUUUAAGCGGACAAAUUAAAUUGAAGGGGCAAUUGGAUUUUGAGGAAUCGGAGAAUUAUAAACUCGAAGUCCAGGCAUCUGAUAAAGGAACACCUCCAUUAACUGGGAGGUGUAGAGUCAUUGUAAAGAUUAAAGACGUCAACGAUAAUCCGCCAGAAAUCGAAGUCACAUCACUGUCAAACACAGUAUCUGAAGACUCAAAGCCUGGCACCGUCAUUUCACUUCUUAGUGUGACGGACAAAGACUCUGGCGUUAAUGGUAAAGUUAUUUUACGCAUAAUUGAUGGCGUGCCUUUUGAGUUAAAGCCCUCCUAUAAGGAAAACAUAUAUUCAAUUGUCACUAAAGAAUUGUUGGAUCGUGAGCACGUGCCAUAUUAUGAUAUAGUAAUAAAAGCCACCGACUGUGGUGAACCUCCGUUAUCUACUUUUAAAACUCUCAGCAUUCAGAUAUCAGACGUAAAUGACAACAGUCCACAUUUUGACCAAAACCCAUUACAGUUUUAUUUGUCAGAAAAUAAUGUUGCUGGAAAGUCGAUAUUCUCUGUGAGAGCAACGGACAGUGAUUCGAAUGACAAUGCAGCGAUUUCAUAUCAUAUUGUGAGAGGAGGGAGCGAAUAUGACGUCAUUUCCUCUUUCUUAAAUAUCAAUUCGGACAGUGGACACAUUUCAGCGUUGAAAAGUUUUGACUUUGAGACACUGAAAACUUUCCACUUCCACGUUGUUGCGUCAGAUUCCGGAACUCCGUCACUGAGCAGCAACGUCACAGUGAACGUGUUCAUUCUGGAUCAGAACGACAACGCUCCAGUCAUCCUGUAUCCAGUCAGCUCCAACGGUUCUGCUGAAGGUGUGGAGGAGAUUCCCCGCAACGUGAACGCAGGACACUUGGUGACUAAAGUCAGAGCCUAUGACGCUGAUAUAGGAUAUAACGGCUGGUUACUGUUCUCACUGCAGGAAGUGACUGACCACAGUCUCUUUGGUUUGGACCGCUACACAGGACAGAUCAGAACACUUCGCUCAUUCACAGAGACAGACGAGGCUGAGCACAAACUGAUCAUACUGGUGAAAGACAACGGGAACGUUUCUCUCUCAGCAACAGCUACUGUGAUUGUCAAACUCGUGGAGCCCAAAGAGGCUUUUGCAGCUUCUGAUGUUAAGAGUUCAACAAAAGCAGAUGAGGACAACAAUGUGACUUUUUACCUGAUGAUAACUUUGGGCUCAGUUUCAGCACUUUUCCUCAUCAGCAUCGUCGUGUUGAUUUCAAUGCAGUGCUCAAAAUCAUCCCCAGACUAUACUUCUAAAUAUCUACAAGAGACUAAUUAUGAUGGGACACUGUGUCACAGCAUCCAGUACAGAUCUGGAGACAAACGCUACAUGUUAGUUGGACCCAGGAUGAGUAUAGGAUCUACUAUAGUCCCAGGAAGUCAUGCGAACACUCUGAUGCUCCCUGACAGGAGGAGGACAUCUGAGGAGGUAAGACUUAAAUAA